AUGAACUGGGGCCGACUAGAUAUUUACACAAGCCGGCACUUUUUUUUAAAGGUGGUGCUAAUACUACAGAUGCUGACUCGAGUGAGAUCUACCACUUCCGAUGCCAGAUGCCCUGUUGGAAAGCUCCAUCCUAUUAAGUACAAAUAUCAUCAUCCUGGAGACCUGAUGAUUGCUGGCAUUAUUUCUCAGUUGUACGUGAUGUCUGACAUAACUUUCCGAAGACACCCGUCAGAGGAAGUGAUUGAUGAAUCCAUCUACUUCUCGGCAAGAUGGACCUAUUUCGCUUCAUUGGAGCUGCUUUCCAUGCAGGACAGAUUCAUCCCCAACUACAAAUGUGAUACCCAAGUGAAUGCAGUUUCUGUUAUUGCGGGACCUGCCUCCAUCUUCUGUCGUCAUAUGACCAACAUUCUUCACCUUUACAAGAUUCCACAACUCAUAUAUGGAUCUGUACCUCUAAGAAACAGCAAGCAAGAUCUUUUCUUUCACCAAAUGUUCCCCAACGAGCUUCCUCAAAAUAUGGGCAUUCUUCAGCUGCUGCUGCAUUUCAAGUGGACGUGGGUUGGGGUGAUGGUUAUGCCCAAUGGCAUUGGAGAGAGGUUUGUGCACAAUGUGCUCCCCACCUUUGCUCAGAAAGGGAUCUGCUUUGAUUUCAUACAACAGAUACCUAAUGAAAAAUUUUCCAGCAACAUUGAGGAUAUGGUGACUGAAUGGAUCGGAUUCUUUACGAUUGUCAUGGGAAGCACCGCCAGGGCUGUGAUAGUGCAUGGGGAAAACCAAAUUAUGGCGCUUUUGAGGAUGUUUCCCCUCAUUCAAGAAUUUUGGCACGUAUCAAUAAAGACAAAUGGUAAAAUAUGGAUUAUGGUAGCUCGAAUGGAGUUCACGUCAGUUCCCUUUCAAAAGGACUGGUCUACGGAUUUCAUCCAUGGUGCGAUAUUGUUUGCCGUUUCCUCAAAGGAGGUGCCAGGGUUCCAGAAAUUUGUCCAGAUGCGAAACCCUGUUUCAGAAAAGGAAGACGGCUUUUUCCAAGUCUUUUGGGAACAGGCAUUUGAAUGUUCGUUCCCUAAGGCUCACAAAAGGGAGGAGACUGAGAUGAUCUGCAGUGGAGAGGAGAAGCUGGAAGAUCUUCCUACGUCUCUUUUUGAAAUGACCAUGAACAGCCAAAGCUAUGCUGUCUACAACGCUGUCUAUGCAGUGGCACAUGCUUUGCGAGCCGCACAUUCAGCCGCAUUCAAACCCAGAGGAAAGGCGGAUGGCCAGAGAUGGGUGCUUUUGGAUCAACAGCCGUGGCAACUUCACACCUAUAUAAGAAGUAUCUCCUUUAACAACACUGCUGGGGAACUGCUCAAGUUUGACCAGAAUGGGGCUUUAGAAGCCGGCUUUGAUAUCAUGAACUGGGUCACGUUCCCAAAUCAGUCAUUCUUCAGAGUCAAAGUUGGAAAGUUGGAUCCUGCGGCUCCUCCAGACGAGAUGUUCACCAUUUUUACCAGUGAUAUCACUUGGCCCAACGUCUUCAACCAGAGUGGGAUCUUGAAUUUUCCUCAUUCCAUUGGAAUAAGUUUUGUGGGGCGAAUGGAAGGCUGCAAGGAGGAAAACAAAUUGCUCCCCGUUGCUCCCAUGAAAGCAGCCUACAUGAAUGACUGCUUUCAGUGUAAAGAAGACCAGCAUCCAAACAAUGAUCAGAAUAUGUGCAUUCCAAAAGAGAUCAGCUUCCUGUCUUACAAAGAACCAUUGGGUAUCAGUCUUGCUACACUUACUCUUCUUUUCUCCUACAUCACUGUUAUGGUGCUGGGAAUCUUCAUCAAGCACAGGGACACACCCAUCGUCAGGGCCAGCAACCGGAACCUCACUUACACUCUUCUCACGGGACUCCUCUUCUCCUUCCUUUGUGCUUUCCUAUUCAUUGGCCGACCUGAAAAGGUGUCAUGCAUGUUUCGACAAGUUACAUUCAGCCUCAUCUUCUCAGUGGCAGUGUCUUGUAUAUUGGCCAAAACAAUCAUAGUAGUUCUGGCUUUCCUGGCCACCAGACCAGGAUCCAGAGUGAGGAAAUGGCUAGGGAAAUGGCUGGCCCCCUCCAUUGUUCUGUUCUGCUGCCUGAUUCAAGCCACCAUUUGCACUGUAUGGCUCACAACCUCUCCCCCAUUCCCAGAUUUCGAUAUGCACUCCAUGACUAAAGAGAUCGUGUUGUUAUGUAAUGAAGGUUCAGCCAGGAUGUUUUACAGUGUGCUGGGCUUUAUGGGUUCCCUAGCUCUUGUUAGUUUCAUUGUGGCUUUCUUAGCAAGAAAAUUACCAGACAGCUUCAAUGAAGCCAAAUUUAUUGCCUUUAGCAUGUUGGUUUUCUGCACUGUUUGGUCGUGUUUCCUUCCAACGUAUUUGAGUACCAAAGGGAAAUACAUGGUGGCUGUGGAGAUCUUCUCCAUCUUAGCUUCCAGUGGUGGGUUACUUGGCUUCAUCUUUUUCCCCAAAUGCUUUAUAAUUGUGGUGAGGCCUGAGCUGAACAAUAGGGUACAGCUGAUUAGGAGACAGAAUCAAAGAAGACAGACUCAACCACAUCUGAAUAGUCAUAUUAAUUAA